AUGUUGGUUGGUCCUCCGUAUUCUGUCCACUCCUGGUCUGGUGCUGGAUGGGGCCUAUAUGAAGGAGCUUACUACUGCGAUGCUGGCAACUACACGUGGAUGGGAGCAAAACCUGUGUGCUUAGGUCCAUACAACAGCUCCACAAUCUUAAUGGAUCAGUCCAAAACAGUCCGCUUGGUAGGGGGAGAGUUCUACGGCUGUGUGGAGCUCUACGAUAACGUCACGCAGCUGUGGGGGCCCGUGGCGGGUUGGGAAGCUGAUGGAGCUCAGCACGAAAACAGGAUGUCUUGGGCCGACUUAGCGUGUAGAAGCCUCGGCUUCGAGGCUGGACUAGCCACAGUCGCGUACAGUUUAGCCAAUGGAAUCGCUGAUCCACGUUACGCAGGAUACCCCCUAUUCUACAAGUACAGGGAUAAACAACCAACGUACCCCUCUACCGCUCCGCAGUUCGUGUUGUCCCAGUCCCUUCCCCAGUGGGAGGGUGCGACUUUGCAUGACACCAUAGACCACAUUGUCCGACCUUGUUCGUAUUACGGGACUUGCAGUUCCAGCAGCAUGUGUCUAGCCUGUGCAAGGGAGCAAGACCAGAAUCCACAAGUCUCAGACAUCAAUAUCCACGUGACUUGCACGUCAGACUACAUGGAAGCCAGUUUCCCACGCCCACGAGGCAGCUCCGUGCAGGCGGAUGAUGUACAGCUAGCAGCGCCACACUGCAAAGCAGAGGAGAACUCAACCCACAUUUACAUCAGGGCUCCUCUAGGGGAAUGUGGCACUUCCAGGGAGAUCACCCCUACCGAGAUUAUUUACCGGAACCUCCUGACUAUCGGGGUUGACCCGUCCAACAGUGAGAUCAUCUGGCAGCAGGUCACCAAGGUGCCGCUGGAAUGUCACCUUCCGCGAAACAAGACUCUUUCUCUCGACUUCCGACCACAUUUCUUGUCCGCAUUCCGGUCCGGCGUCCAGGGCAGUGGGGACUUCCGCAUCUCUAUGGAGCUGUUCCGGACUAACGCCUUCCUUCAACUGGUCACGGAAUAUCCGGUCUUUGUGAAUCACCAUGAGAUGCUUCACGUGCAGAUACAGGUGGAUUCCAGUGACACCAGCCUGCAGGUGUUCCCUCUCACCUGUGUGGCCACCCCUAGUGACAAGCCGGACGACAAGAUACAGAAUGACGUCAUUGUGGACGGUUGUGCCACGCUGCCAACGCUGCAGUUCUACCCAUCUCCAGGCCCGGAUAGGUGGCGCUUCGGCUUCCAGACUUUCGCCUUUGCAAGUGGCGUUGGCAUGGUGUACCUCCACUGUGACGUGCUUCUCUGUAACGCCACGGAUCCGAACUCCCGGUGUGCCCAGGGAUGCCUGACCUCCGGGGGGAGGACGAGGAGGGAAGCCGGCAGUGAGCCUGAUAUUUACCGGCUAACUCAGGGUCCUAUCGUCUUCAGUUAUGACCAAACUGAACUCCGGGCCAGCAGGACCACUACAGACCACCAGUACGUGGUCACAGCGUCCGCCAUUUUAGGCGCAUGCGCAGUGCUGACCGGCGCCAUGUUUGUUGUUGGCAUCGUGUACAAGGCACGCCGGGAAGGCAGGCCGGCCGGAUACAAGGAGUGA